UUAGGCGAUAAAACACCUAAAAUACUGCAAACUGUCCAGACGGAUUAUUGAGUGAACUACUGCUACCGCAGACACACUAACGUUAGUCCCCCGUAGGGAGCAUUAAGUGGGUUUUAGUCAGGCUUGUUUGUCGCUUCCGUUAGGUCGGGCUCUCAGUAUGCGGAACUCCCUGCAGACGGAUGAUGAUGAAGAGGAUGUUGUGAAGGCAGGUUGUAACUAACUGACCGAGCCACCCGUUCAUCGAGCAGAGAGGCGGACACACAUCUCGCAUCAUUUAUUAUGCUGCGAACCAGUUAGUCGGAGUAGCAGUCCUUUUCAGUCGUCGUCCGACGUUUCCAAUAACAUAUAUAACUAAUCUAAAAGAAAGGAGAAUUCAGAUCAACACCGCUGCCUCCCUCUCUCUGUGACCGAAGAGGGCACCCACCACCCAGGCCGUCAUCAGCAGCUGGCUUCGCAGUGAACGUUAGCGGCUAAUCGGCUAAUGUAAGCAGGUUUGAUUCAGUCAUUUUUAUUUAACCAUCACAAUGAUAAUCAAGGAGCUGUGUUUCAACUUGACACCUGAACUUUCCCAGUUGUGAUGGAAAGGCACCACUGACUCAAGAGGGAGCAUUAAUCCUGGAUGCCGUGACAUACAGGACGUGGUCAAUCCAAGAUGGAGAAAAAGAAAAUGUGCCCUCGCCUUCUUGACUACUUAGUGGUGGUCGGAGCAAGGCAACCAAGUAGUGACAGUGUGGCCCAGACACCUCAGCUGCUCCGCCGCUACCCGCUGGAGGACCACCAUGACUUCCCACUCCCACCAGACGUGGUGUUUUUCUGCCAACCAGAGGGUUGCCUGAGUAUACGCCAGCGUAGGGUUAGCCUUCGUGACGACUCCUCAUUUGUUUUCACGCUGACCGACAAGGACUCAGGAAUCACCCGCUACGGAAUCUGCGUCAACUUCUACCGUUCUUUUCAGCGAGGACAUCACCGUACUCGCGGGGACAAGAGCAGCCACACAGAGACAGCAGCACAGGCGUCGGAGACUGCUAGCGAAGGGUCUGAUGGCAGCGGUGGAGGCCCACCCUCCGCAUUAUCUCCACCUAACAAUGCUGAGUUAGCACCUCCACCUGCCUCUGGAGAACAGUGUGGACAACCAGGUGCCGAGCUAAAUGCUGGCAAGUCCCCACAGCACAGACGGCGCGCUGCUAAGAUGGCAGCCAGGAACCGCAACAGCACGCUGACCUCGCUGUGCAUACUCAGCCACUACCCCUUCUUCUCCACCUUCAGAGAAUGCUUAUAUAUUCUCAAGAGGCUGGUGGACUGCUGCAGUCAGAGGCUAACUCAACGAGCCGGGCUCCCACGCACCACCCAGAGGGACACCAUGUGGCGGGUGUUUACUGGGGCGCUGUCGGUGGAAGAGAAAGGCAGCCAGCUGCUGGCUGACCUGCGGGAGAUUGAAUCCUGGGUGUACCGGUUGCUGCGUUCACCGGUACCAGUGGCGGGUCAGAGGCGUGUGGAUGUGGAAGUCCUGCCGCAUGAACUCAAACGGCCACUCACCUUUGCCCUGCCUGACAACUCUCGCUUCUCCAUGGUCGACUUCCCCCUGCACCUGCCCUUAGAGCUGCUGGGUGUGGACGCCUGUCUUCAGGUCCUCAGCUGUAUUCUGCUAGAGCACAAGGUCAUUCUUCAAUCCAGAGAUUACAAUGCUUUGUCUAUGAGCGUCAUGGCCUUUGUGGCCAUGAUCUACCCUCUGGAGUACAUGUUCCCUGUCAUCCCCUUACUGCCAACAUGCAUGGCCUCUGCUGAACAGCUCCUUCUUGCCCCCACUCCCUACAUUAUAGGUGUACCAGCCAGCUUCUUCCUUUACAAAGCUGAUUUCAAAAUGCCGGACGACUUGUGGCUUGUGGACCUUGACAGCAGCAAGGUUAUAGCACCCACCAAUGCAGAGAUUCUACCACCUCUUCCAGAGCCUGAAGCAGGCGAGCUUAAGAAACAUCUAAAACAGCUCUUGGAGUGUCUGGUUAGGUUGACCGUGAUCACCCAAAAGCAGAUCUUCUCCUCUGAAAAUAAGGCCUUGGCCAGUAUGAGUUUAAACACCCAACCCAUUCUGAACCUGGAGAAGUUCCAGGAAGGUCAGGAGAUGCCCCUGCUCCCACCUGGACGAGAUAAAGCUUCGCCAUCCUCCACAGAGUUCAACCCUCUAAUUUAUGGCAAUGACGUUGAUUCUGUGGAUGUAGCCACGAGGGUCGCCAUGGUGCGGUUCUUCAACUCCCCAAAUGUUCUCCAGGGGUUCCAGAUGCACACUCGCACCUUGCGCCUCUUCCCCCGGCCUGUGGUGGCUUUUCAGUCAUCUUCUUUUCUUGCAUCUCGGCCACGGCGCUCUAGCUUUGCAGAAAAACUUUCUCACACCCAGGCAGUGGAGUUCUAUGGAGAAUGGGCUCUCAAUCCCACCAACCUUGCCUUUCAGAGGAUACAUAACAAUGUGUUUGACCCCUCCUUAAUUGGAGAUAAGCCCAAAUGGUAUGCUCACCAGCUACAGCCAGUGGUCUACCGAGUGUACGAUGGAAGCUCCCAGCUGGUUGAAGCUAUGGCUGGUCCCUUGGAGGAUGAGGGCAACGAGUCUGACCCCACAGACAGUGGUAGUGACAGUGAGGCAUACGAUGACUCCAGCUCGUCCUAUUCCUCACUUGGAGACCUUGUGAGUGAGAUGAUCCAAGGUGACAUCCAGGGAGACACACCAAGCUUGGACCCGCCUACCCAUGCUGCACUGGGAGACGCUAGUGAGGUUGAGUUUCAAGACUUCGAGGACUUCAGGGAAGGUCAUGGCUCAAAGGGUCCACCCAGUGGGGACGGACUUGCUGAACCUUCUGAUGGACAACCUCUUCGCUCAAGCUCCAGCACAACUGCAAGCUCAAGUCCCACCACAGUCAUCCAGGGAGUCAACCAUGAGCAGGGGGAAGCACCUGAAAUUGAAGCAUCAGCAAGUGCCGCUUUACAGAACCCUGUCCCCGCACUGGGCAGUCAGCCAUUCCUCAGACCUACAGCUGAUGCUGGCCUGGUGGACCCAGCCAACAAAAAGCAAGAGUAUGACAACCCAUACUUUGAGCCUCAGUAUGGCUUCCCCUCAGAGGAUGACCCUGAUGCAGAAGAGCAAGUGGAGUCAUACACCCCUCGAUUCAACCAGAACCUCAAUGGCAACAAGGCACAGCGUCCUUUACGUCCCAGUAGCCUGAGGCUCCCAGGAGAGUCUGAUGGGGAGGGAGAUUCCCACAACAGCUCGCCAAACUCCACCAUUUCCAACAGCAGCAAUGAUGGAUUUGGAGGACUCAUGUCUUUUGCCAGCAAUCUUUACAAGAACCACGGCACCAGUUUCAGUCUGUCCAAUCUUGCCCUUCCCAACAAGGCAGCGAGGGACAAAGCAACGCCUUUCCCCAGUCUAAAAGAAUAUUUCAGUUUUGAUAUUGAGGAGGAAAUGGAGCAAGCAGUAUUUGGGCUAAAUUCUCUAAUGGAGAUAAUUACAGAGGCCGGCCCGGGGAGCGGAGAAGGCGCACGUGCACCUCGAGCACUUGUGGACCAGAAGUCUUCAGUAAUCAAGCACAGUCCAACAGUGAAGAGAGAAUCGCCCUCUCCUCAGGGUCGAGUCAACAACACGAGUGAGAACCAGCAGUUCUUGAAGGAAGUGGUGCAGAGUGUUCUGGAUGGUCAGGGAGUCGGCUGGCUCAACAUGAAAAAAGUGCGGCGCCUGUUGGAGAACGAGCAGCUUCGUGUCUUUGUGCUGAGUAAGCUGAACAGAGCCAUCCAGUCAGAGGAAGAUGCCAGACAGGAGAUCAUACGUGAUGUGGAAGUGAGCCGAAAGGUGUACAAAGGCAUGCUGGACAUCUUGAAGUGCACAGUUUCCAGUCUGGAGCACUCUUACACUAAUGCAGGCCUCGGAGGAAUGGCCAGUGUCUUCAGCUUAUUGGAAAUAGCACGCACACAUUAUCAAACCAAAGACCCAGAAAAACGCAAGCGAAGCCCCACAGACAGUGCUGGCAGCCCGGGGAGUAAAGACAGUCCUUCUGGCCGUAUGGAGACUGCCAGACCUCAGGGCCUUCUGAAUGUUCCACACCUGCAGCUGCCACACCACACAAUGGGCAAAGGAGCCCGCCAUUUUGAUACCCGGAGUCUGAACGAGGAGAACUUUAUUGCCUCGAUUGAAUUGUGGAGCAAGCACCAGGAUAAGCAAAAAGCUAUGGAAAAACCACAGAGGUCUGAAGGAGCAAAGCAGCAGCGCCCCCAGGUGGCUGAUGCAGAGGAGAAGAAAUCACAGAUCAGUGCUGAUAGUGGCCUCAGUGUCACAUCUGGAUCUCAGAAGAGCGACACAGAGUCUGUAACGAGCUCGGAGCCACCGAUCCUGACAAGAAGCACCAGCCAGGACUCAGAGGCUAGCACAGUGAUAAGCAAUAGCUCUGGAGAGACUCUCGGAGCUGACAGUGACCUGAGCAGCACAGCAGGAGACGGCCUCGGUGGGAGAACUGCUCCUCAUUUAAAUCAGUCCAGAGGGACUCUUUCUGACAGCGAGAUUGAAACCAAUCCAGCCACCAGCCAAGUGUUUGGAAAGACCCACACUCUGAAACCAAGUGCAAAAGAUCAUGUACUUGCUAUGACAAAGGGGCCACCUGCACAGCCCAUGGAGGACAUCAGUAUGAGGAUUUACCUUUGUGAAGGCCUGCUGGGCCGCGAUAAGAGCUCCGUUUGGGAUCAACUAGAGGAUGCUGCCAUGGAAACCUUUUCUCUAAGUAAGGAGCGCUCCACACUGUGGGACCAGCUGCAGUUCUGGGAGGACGCCUAUUUAGAUGCUGUGAUGUUGGAGCGUGAGGGCAUGGGUAUGGACCAGGGACCUCAGGAGAUGAUUGAAAGAUACUUGUCGCUAGGAGAACAUGACCGCAAGCGUCUGGAGGAUGAUGAAGACAGACUUCUGGCCACCCUGCUGCACAAUAUGAUUGCAUACAUGCUAAUGUUGAAAUUGAACAAAAAUGACAUCAAGAAGAAAGUGAGGCGUUUGAUGGGGAAGUCCCACAUUGGCCUCUCAUACAGCCAAGAGAUCAAUGAGAUACUGGACAAACUGGCCCACAUGAACGGCCGUGAGCUGCCCAUCAGGCCCAGCGGAAGCCGUCACAUCAAGAAGCAAACAUUUGUUGUGCAUGCUGGCACUGAUACCACAGGAGACAUCUUUUUCAUGGAGGUUUGCGAUGACUGUAUAGUCCUGCGCAGCAACAUCGGCACAGUUUACGAGCGCUGGUGGUAUGAGAAGCUCAUCAACAUGACCUACUGCCCCAAGACCAAGGUGCUGUGUCUCUGGAGACGCAACGGCCAAGAGACACAGCUCAAUAAGUUCUAUACCAAAAAGUGUCGUGAACUCUACUACUGUGUUAAAGACAGUAUGGAAAGAGCUGCAGCAAGACAGCAAAGCAUUAAACCAGGUCCGGAGCUGGGUGGAGAGUUCCCUGUCCAGGACAUGAAAACUGGUGAAGGUGGACUGCUGCAGGUCACACUAGAAGGGAUCAACCUUAAAUUCAUGCACAGCCAGGAGCGGAAGGUUUUCAUAGAGCUGAGUCACAUUAAAAAGUGCAAUACAGUGAAGGGAGUCUUUGUCCUGGAGGAAUUUGUUCCUGAAACUAAAGAAGUGGUGAUCCACAAGUACAAGACCCCCAUGGCACAUCAGAUCUGUUACUCGGUCCUUUGCCUUUUCUCCUACGUGGCGGCAGUGAAGGGGAAGGAGGCGGAAGGAAAACCCAAGAUUCUGUCACCGAGACCCCUUCCUAGCUAGUCUACACCUCGCGCCCUCUCCCCCGUCUCUCCCCCCCCGUCCUUGGUGUGCCUCUCUACUUGAAAAUGGCAUCUCAGCUCUAAAAACCACUGACUUUUGACAAUCCCUAACUUUACUCUAAGCACACAAUUCCUGCUCCCUCCUCCUGUAUAUACAAGCCUAAGACCCUUUUUAGACCCUGUUGUGUAGACGUGUUUGGUCCGUGAUGUUGUGUAAAUACUUCCAACCCCUCAUCGCUGUUGUCCUGAUGAUCAUACCAACUAGCUAAAUGUUUGCCUGCUCCUUAACUUGGGAGGAGUGAUUCCCCUCGAGCUCUUCUCCUCAGUGUGAAAAUCUUCUAUUGUUCCUGCUGCCAAGACCCAACUGUUUUUACCGAUAGGAGAUGUGAGGGAUAGCCCCGAGGCAGAGUGCAUGCAGGUCCCAUGCACAGCCUUGACAUUCACUACAGAGUAGCUUCCCCCCCCACACCUCCCACCUGUCUCCAUACGACUGUGUGAGUUAUUCUGUGAUAUGUGGUUACUGUAAAGUUCCAGUCCGUCCAAGUUUAAACUGGUGAAACAUCCAGAGACCCUCAUGUAGUGCAGGACGUCCCAUACUACAAAUGCUAAUGUAUACUGCACCGGAGCACCGCAUGUAAACGCUUCUUAAAAGUGUUUGAACCCUAAAAUAAUGUGAGUGUUCUCAGAUGUGUUCUCCUAUAUCGGCCCGCCAGGCUCAAUUACUGUUCUAGUUCUACUGUAAAAUUUCUCGUCUGUGGUCUGCUGUUAUCAACUGCAUGUUGCUAUGAGGAUGAAAAAUAAAUAUUAUAUAUAUAUUUCUAUAUAUAGUAUUUAUUUAAUAUAUACAUAUUGACUGUACAUUUCUCUGGAAAAAAAAAUGUUACAAAUUGUUGAUUUGCUAGAUGUGCAAUACUUAAGUAGUUAGCCAUUGCCAGAGCCAGGUUUUCUUAAGUUAACUGGCGUUCACAGGGUGAAGAAUGUAAGAAAGAACUUUUUUUUUUCUAUAGUACAUAUUGAUUGAAGUGAAUGAUGACUUUAGUUUGACAUGACUGUUUAAAGUUUUUUUGUUUUUUUUAAAAGAAAAAAAAAAAAGGUAAAUCAACUCCGAUUCACAUGGCAAAAAAAAAAUGGUUGCUGUCUUUGGGUGCAAACUUUGGAGCUUUUUGCACUCAGGCCACACCCCCAACCAGUGAUGUAAUAGCAGGUGUUUAUAAACAACAGCAGGUGGAGAUGCUGGUAAAAACCUCAUUGACAGCUUUUCAGUACUGCUUCCAUUUGAAUCCGCCGUCCACAAGCCAUGUUAAAUGUGUCUUUGAUAGUGUGAAUUGUUUGCGAUGCUGUUGGUACACGUUAUUUUUCGAUUCCAGUCGUCAUAAGCAGUAUGUGCCGUUUGUGUGCCGAAUGAAGUGGAAACCGAACCCACCUAGCUGAAACCGGUGUUACACCAUAGUGAGUAAUGUGACUGCCGGGGGCACUGUUGUUGUUUUUAAUUCCGCCUUUAAACGGGUCAGUAAUUACUUUAAAUUUCCAUGUCUCAUUUUAUGUUGAAUAGUGUCGUCAGUUGUAGGUUUGUUGACUUGUACCUGGAAAUAAAAAAAAACAUUGCUGCAUCCAAAUAUCGUCAGGUAAAUAGAUUUUUGCCGCAUUCUUUUGCCACAUUUCAAGUAUUUAACAACAAAAGAAGCCAGGUUAGGAUGUUUAUAUGAUGUGACUACAAGGAUAGCAGUAAAGUAACAUUGGAAUAAUACAUGAGCGCUCCCAAGUGGGAUUAACGAGACGUUUACCUUUUCUUCCCAUUCUGCAGCAUAAGCGGCAUGUUCUGUUUGUUAUUCAGUCUUUAAAACGGGUUAGCAAUUCCUUUUUCAAUUUCCAGGUACAAGGUCACAUUUUCUGGUGGCCUUUGUCAGAAAUAGUGACCCGUCUUCUGCUGUGCCUCUGUUGACCUGUACCUGGAAAUAUUGUCAUCUGCUUGGCUUUUCUCUCACCGGUUAUAUGUGACCCAACUGCACCUGGAAACUUGUGGAAAGUGUGACAAUAUCCAUGCAACAAUGCGGUCACACUAGGGCUGCAACUAACAAUUAUUUUCAUUAUCAAUUCAUUUGGUCAAAUGUCAGUAAAUAGACUGAGAAAUUACAUUAUAUUUUUAACUGAGUUGACUUUUUGAAACGUGUUUUGUCCGACCAGCAGUACAAAAUCCAAAGUUAUUCAAUCAACCAUCAUAGAAAAAGGAAACCAGUGCACUUGUGCUAAAAAACAAAACAAAAAAGGACUUAACGAUUAGCUCUUGGCCACAGAAUAUAUGGUGCAACACCGGUGCGGUUUGGUCAGGGUUUGGAGUGCACACAAUAAGCAGCCAAGGAAAAGCACCUGCUCUUUACAUCACAGAUCAGGUUGUGACAAAAGUACAAAAUCCUCCAAACUCACAGCAGUUUUCCGUCCUGUGAUUGGUCUGUCAGAUGUGUUGAAGCUGUGGUCAUCUGCUCCACGAGGAGAGCGAGUCUCGAUGUUGUUUGUUCUGUGAUAGUAAAGAACGGUUGAAUCUGGUCCUAUCGCUGGCCCAUUAACUUUCACAGUGAGUGUGUGUGGGUUUGUGUGUGCGCAUGCGUUCAUGUGAACAGUUUCUCCAGAUCAGCAAUAUAUUGGUACAGCUAUAAUCACUGGAAGAAGGUUCUUUUGUUUUGAUUCUGACAUGCUUGUAUUUUUAGUAAUUUAACUGUGCAAAGGAAAAUGAUCAGUAGGAUAUUCAGAAGAUGCUGUUUCAUUAGAGAAUGAAAAUGACACCACACACGUCGGUGUAAAUAAGACAGAACUCGAUCUGAAGCAUCUCCAACAUUGGGACACAGCUCUUUCUGCUUAAGUUGAAAGGAUUUUUUUUUAAACUGGAUUACAACUCAUCUCUGUCAUUGUACUAGCCAGCUGCUGUAACUAGAGGGAAUAAAUGAAAUGAGAUACCAGGUGUAAGUAUUCCAGUAUUUGAAAAAGUAUUUAUAGAAUAUGUACAGCUUUGGCAAUAUAAUAAAGUUGUCGCAAAGAAAAGAAA